GAGACGAUGGUGAUGGGGAAUACCUGGUUGAUCAUCAAACCCACCCCUCAGAAUGGAAUCUUGGAAACUUUUCAGUGACAUAGAGCCGCCUGAAGAUAAGGAACACCUUGGAAGUGCUCUUUUGGGAAUAAGUUCUGCCUUUGUCGGAUCCUCUUCCAAUUGCUGGAAGACAAUGCUUCUGCUGAAGAAAAAGGAACAAGCUUGAUUUCUGACCUCUUUUCUGUUGGUGGUGUACCAUUUCAAGAUCAAGCAGAGGACAUUGCUUCCCCUAAAGAAGAAGAAGAAAGAAAAAGAAAAAGGACUCAGCUUGUAGAUCCAUCACCUCCCCAAAAUUUUGAGACUUAUUGUAAGCAGAAUAAGUUAAGAUUCUGUAAUGACAAACCCACCCCUUAGUUGAAGUGGAGAGUCAGUAGCUUAGGAUUCGUGCUUGUACUGCUUUGGAUGAAUGAGGGCUUCUAAUUGUUAUGGAUGGAGAGAAGAACUUCUUUCUCUAUAGUCCAAAGGAAAAUGAUUGGGAAAUUUAAGGAUCCACGUCCCAAAUUAAAGGCAUGCUUAUUCU